GCGAGCGAGCGUGGCGGCAGAAAGGGCGCGGGCGCAGAGAGACUCUGCUGACAGCAUUUACCCUUCCAAGGAUGGUCGAUUCACCUGUCGCCUCGGCAUCAAAGCCGAUCACUAGCAAUGGAGACGCAAGCGAGAUACCGACAGACAUCAUCCUCCCGCCGCCAGCUAUCCGAGAGAUUGCGGACAAGACAGCUGGAUUUGUAGCCAAGCAGAAGGAUCCCAGCAGCUUCGAGAACAAAGUUCGCAACAGGGAGAAGGCCGACUCUCGCUUCUCGUUCUUGCAGCCUGGCGAUGUCUAUCACGCUUACUACCAGUACAAGAUCAAGGAGAUCAAGUCAGGCGCUGCGGUCACUGCGGGAGGACUGAGCACGCCCUCUGCGGGCGCUGCUGCUGCUCAGGUGCCCGAAGAUCCCGACGAGCUCGACAGGCCAAAGGGUGAUCCGCCCGCGCCUUGGGAGUUCAAGGGAGAAAUGCCCACCAUCAACGCUGUUGAUCUGGAUAUCCUGAGACUGACAGCACUCUUCACUGCUCGUUCAGGCCGCAAAUUCUCCAACGACCUCGCCGCCAAAGAGCGAACAAACUAUCAAUUCGACUUUCUCCGCCCAUCUCAUUCGCUCUUUGGCUACUUCAACCGACUCGUACAGCAAUACGAAGCCGUCAUCUCGCCUACGUCCGUCGCGCUCGAGAACCUCACGCGGCGAUCAGGCCGACUGGCUAGCGGCUUGACCGAGAAGGAGAAGCGUGCAGAGGGGCGCAGAGAGGUCAUGAAAGACGUUCGCAAGAGAGUAGAAUGGGAACGAUGGGAACAGGACAAGCGGAAGAAGAAGGAGGAUGCCCAAGAGAAGGAGAGGAAAGCGUUCGAAGAGAUCGAAUGGCAGGAUUUCCAGGUCGUCUCUACUGUCGAAUUCACAGAUGCCGACGAUCUUAUCGAGCUACCUGCACCGCUCAAAUUGGCCGAUGUGGAGAAUAUGUCACUUGCUGAGAAGAGGAUGGCUGCCUUGCUGAUGGAAGGCAAGGAAAUGCCAGCGGAGGAAGAGCCGGAGGUGCAAGCUAUCGAGCAACCGAUGGACGAAGCUGCGUCUGCCGAGCGAAGGAAGCAAGUUGAGAUCAAGAUCGCGCACGAAUCUGGUCCGAUGAAGAUCAGAAAAGACUAUGUGCCUAAAUCCAAGUCGGCAAAGGGAAACACUACGACAUGCACCAUCUGUGGUCAAGAAGUCCCUGUUGACGAAUUCCAAGAGCAUGUCCGGAUCGAACUGCUCGAUCCUGCAUGGAAGGAGAAGCAAGCUCAGACAGAACGCAAUCGUACUGCUGCCAAUAUGCUCACGGAAGGUGCCGAUGUUUCUGCAUCCCUGCGAAAACUGGCAGCCAAACGAGGCGAUAUCUUCACAACGACAGCAGCAGCAGACAAGCGCAAAGCAGAGGAAGCAGAAGAGCGCAAGAAGCAGAAAGAGCGAGAAAGAGCGGUCUGGGAUGGCCAUACUAAUUCGAGCGAUGCCGUCACUGCUAGAUUUGCUGCUGGCGCGAGCUUCGACGCUCAGAUCGACGCGCUCCAUCGUGCAAAGGGUCUGGCCGGCUCAGAGCUCCAAGGCCAAGUCGGCCCUGGUUUAUCUGCUCCUGCUCCCGAGCCUGUUCAAUUCACCGGAGUAAGUAUGAGUGCCGCACCUCAACCCGCAUCAAAUCUGCCUUCGUUCGGUCCGCCUAUCAAUUUUGCAAGCGGAAUGGCUCCGCCCGGCAUGGCCCCUCCUCAACCUUUGCCGCCCAUCUCGCUUGCUCCGGGAGGAUAUAGCUAUGGUCAGAUUCGUCCUGCUGUUGAUCCUGCUGUCGGUCAACCAGACGCAAAGCGUCGCAAGAUGCCCGGCCAAGUCUAUCCCGAAGCCGAAUGGCUCCGCCUUCAUCCUGAGCCGAUAACGGUGUCUGUCCAGCUUCCUACUUUGCCUGACAAGCCAGAGUGGCAUUGUGAUGGCAGUGUACUUCAGCUGUCUGAUAUUCCGCUUACCCUGCUUGCCGGCACGUUGCGAGAUAGGAUACAAGAGAAGAUCGGUAUGCCCACUGGACGACAGAAACUUUCGCUGGGGGCCAGAAUUCUACAGGCCAAUAUCACGCUGGCCGCGCUCAAUCUGGAUUCGUACGAUGUGCUCACUUUGGCUCUCAAGGAGACUAAGAAGCGAUAGUCCAAAUUCUUGC